CUUCUUAUGUACUUGUAUUUGUUAAGAUGGGAUUUCGAUUUACUCUUCAAUCUUUGUGUUUGCUGCGACUUGUUCUUCAUGAUUGAUCUUCAUGGGUUUUUGAUUUCUUCACAUAUUGGGGUUAGUUCUACUUCUGCUAUUCCCACUCGUCAUUUUAACAUUGUGGAUCAAGAGUAGGGGGCUUUCUUGGAUUUUUUUUUGUUUCUCUUGCAAUAUUACUAAAGGUUAUAUUAUAAAGUGGAAAUGGUGGGCAAAGAGGAUGUUCCCGCUAGUCCUAGGGCUCCAUCAUGCCAGGUUUCCAGCUCGCGGAAAAUGUUUUGGCGUUCAGCUUCAUGGUCCGCUUCGCAGACGAGUGGUCAAAUUCCAUUAACUGAGGACAAGGAUCUAGGAGAAGGUCCUAAAGGUAAUGAUGGUUCUAAUAAUAAUGGACAGACCCGCCGGUUUCCUCCUCCUCCUUUAACUCCUCGUUCGCAACAGAAUUGUAAGGCCAGGUCCUGUUUACCACCUUUGCAGCCACUGUCGAUUGCACGGAGGAGUUUGGAUGAGUGGCCAAAAGCUGGUUCUGAUGACCUUGGUGAGUGGCCACAGCCGCCUACCCCAAGUGGGAACAAGAGUGGUGAGAGGUUGAAGCUUGAUUUAUCAUCAAUUCAGUGGAACAAUGAUAAUAAUGGUGGGCUUUUAAAGAGGGACAAGAUUGCUUUCUUCGAUAAAGAAUGCUCGAAAGUGGCAGAACAUAUUUAUCUUGGUGGAGAUGCGGUUGCAAAGGACAGGGAAAUACUCAAAACGAAUGGUAUUACUCAUGUUUUAAAUUGUGUCGGCUUUGUUUGUCCGGAAUAUUUCAAGGCUGAUUUUGUGUACAGAACUUUGUGGUUGCAAGAUAGUCCAUCAGAGGAUAUUACUAGCAUACUUUAUGAUGUUUUUGAUUAUUUCGAGGAUGUUAAGGAACUGGGUGGAAGAAUUUUUGUUCAUUGUUGCCAGGGCGUAUCAAGGUCCACAUCAUUGGUGAUAGCAUAUCUUAUGUGGAGAGAGGGACAGAGCUUUGAUGAUGCCUUUCAGUAUGUAAAAGCUGCAAGAGGAAUUGCUGAUCCGAAUAUGGGUUUUGCUUGCCAGUUGUUACAGUGCCAAAAGAGGGUCCACGCAUUCCCGUUGAGCCCUAGUUCCAUAUUGAGGAUGUAUAGAAUUGCACCUCACUCACCUUAUGAUCCGUUGCAUCUGGUACCUAAAAUGCUGAAUGAUCCGUCUCUUUCGGGUCUGGAUUCUCGAGGUGCAUUUAUUGUUCAUAUACCUUCUGCAAUAUAUAUUUGGAUUGGCAAAAACUGUGAUUCUAUCAUGGAAAGGGACGCACGAGGAGCUGUUUGUCAAAUUGUUCGGUAUGAGAGAGUGCAAGGGCCGAUAAUAGCUGUAAAAGAAGGAGAAGAACCGUCUUGUUUUUGGAAUGCAUUUUCGAACCUUUUACCAUUGAUGGAUAAAUCUCGAAAUAAAGUCGAGGUAGGGGAAUCUGCAGUUAAGAUUUGCCAUGGCGAGAGGAAAGUCGAUUCAUAUAAUGUUGAUUUUGAGAUUUUUGAGAAGGCUAUAAAGGGUGGUUUUGUCCCUCCGUUUGCUUCAUCUGAGAAUGAACUCGAAACCCACCUUCCUGAAAGAGAAAGCAGUUGGAGUAUGCUUCGAUGUAAAUUUGCCUCUGGCGUAACUGAGUUUGUUUCCACACCAAAGAUAUUGUUCUCCAGGGUUUAUUCAGAUUCCAUGAUGAUAGUUCAUUCAUCAUCACCGUCAUCAACAUCCUCCUCGUCUCCUUAUCUUUCACCGGACUCCAUCUCUUCUGAUUCUAGCACUUGUUCAAAGUGCCUUUCGGAAUCUUCUCUCGAUUCACCUUCAUCUGUUUCAUAUUCUCUUCCUGUUUCAACUUUGUCUAACCUUUCUAACUUGUCUCUUGUUUCAUCCCGAACUUCUUCACACCUUAAAUCUAAUAGCACGGAAAUUGGCAGUGCCGAUUUCACUUCUCAACCUUGUUCUCAAUCCGCAUCAUCACUCGUACAAAAGGUUUCACCUUCUCUUGCUGAACGCCGAGGUAGUUUGUCAAAGUCUCUCAAGCUUCCGGUGGUGAGUGAUAAUGUAAGAAACACAAAUGAGCGGUCAUGUUUUCUUGUCAAGAAAGGUGGGAUCCAGAUAAAUAAAGAUUAUAGUUCAUCAUGUGAAUCAGAUAUUGAAAUUGUCUUUGACUCCAAGCCUGGUGGUGGAAAUGGUGUGGAUAUUUUGAUUCAAGGUUCUGGUUUGAAGAUAUCUCCAGGUAGACUAGCUAAUGUCGACUCACGUGAUACGAACUAUGCUUUUGUUAAAACUUGUGAAAGUCCAGAAAAUCCUCCCCAGGAUGGUCUUGCGUCUUCUGUUCCAAACAGAAUGGAGGAAAGUAUUCUGGCUUGCCCUGGUGUACUUCAGCCUUUAGUAUGCCGCUGGCCCAGUAUAGAGAAGAUGACAAAAUUUAAUAGAACUGAUCUAGAUUCAAAAUCAGCUUUUGCAAUUUUUUGUCCGACUACAGCCAUGAGCAAAAAUGAAGAUUGGAUUCUAUAUCUUUGGAUAGGGAGGUCUUUUCAUCAGGAAAAAAGUUUGAUUCAGUUAGAUAACGGCAGAUUGAUGGGGGAUAGAGAAGAUAUUGACUGUGACCAAGUUGGUUGUGAUCUUCCAACUCAAAUGGGUCUGCCGAAGGAUAUCCCCGUGAAGAUAGUUAACGAAGAUGAGGAACCGACAGAAUUUCUUAUGUUGUUGAAGAUGAUGUAGAUUUGCUUUAAUUAAGGAUAGGUCUACAAGCUGAGACAGUUAAUAGAUUCUCUUUUGUUUCAUCAAAUGGCUUAUUUUUGUUGUGGAAUUUCAGCCAUCAAGCGUAGUUCCCAUGGCAAAACAAACGAGGUAACUACCAUGUUGGAAUUCACCGGGUUGUACAACAUAAUAACGACGUUGUAACUGGUAAUCAAUUGUUUCGAUAGACAGUUAUUGUAUAUUCAGUUUUAUCAGAAUCGAAAUCCAAAAAUCUUAGUUUUCCA